CAGGACUCGCAUUCUCAGAUUCUGGCCGCAAUGACAGCAGGUCAGGCCUAAAUAUAAAAACACUCUGCACCUUUGAGGACUCAGACCUCUGACUGUGCUGCGAGCUCCGGGACAUAUUUGCCACAGCGAUGAGCGUCACAGACGAGGUGGAGGAAGAUGAUGUCACCCAGUACGUCAUCCAGCUCAGCAUUCAGGAGUCCCACAUUCCCCACUGCUUACAAGCCAUGGAAAGCAGUAAAACACAGAGCAGUGAAAAUCUGAAGAUCUUGCUCGCCAUUGAUCAAGGCGAAAUGUUCUCCCUCCAGGAGCUGGCUGACUUCCAGGCGGCCUUUGAGGAGCGAGACGGACGGGGUUGGCUUCCACUCCACACGGCCGCGGUGCAGCCCGUGGCUGACGUGCUGGAGAUGGUAAUGUAUGGAUCAUGCCGGCUGGGCCUAGAAGAAAAGACAUGGGAUGGGGAGACAGCCCUGACACUGGCGGUGAAGGCAGACCUUCUGGAGAACGUGAAGGUCCUGCUGGAAAAUGGAGCUUCUCCACACAGCAUGAACGACAGAAACGAAUCCCCUCUUCUGUUGGCGGUGAGAAUGCGGUCACUGGGGAUAGUGUCCCUUCUGAUCAAGAGCGGCGCCCUGGUGGACCAGGCGUGCCAGGGGAAGUGGACGUCCAUGCAUGAGGUGGCAAGACUGGGCUGUGGGCACCUCGCCACGAUGCUGCUGAGGACCGGCGCCAGCGUCUCCCAGAAGGACCGCUACGGCGUCACCCCUCUGGGCAUCGCCGCCCAGCACGGGCAGCUGGAGACGCUGGACAUGCUCAUUCGUUACGGCAGUAACGUGAACGCGCAGGCCUGCAAUGGCGAGAGCGUGCUAAUGGAGGCCGCCGGCUCGGGAAAUCCUGACUGCGUGGAACUCCUGUUACGCCAUGGGGCCGAUCCUGACCUGGCUGGGGUCACCGGGCACCUGCCCAUCCACCGGGCCGCCUACGAGGGCCACUAUCUGGCGUUAAAAAUCCUGAUUCCCAUCACCUCCAAAAAGGCAGUCCGGCUCUCCGGCCAGAGCCCCAUCCACUCGGCGGCGGACGGAGGCCACGCUCAGUGCCUGCGACUGCUUAUAGACAACGGCUAUGAGGUCAACACUGUCCUGGAGAAGCACAUCUCCGAGAACUACGGUGACCGAAGGCGGAGCCCCCUCUACUUCGCCGUGUCCAACGGCGACGCCCCAUGUACGGAGAUGCUCCUGAACGCCGGUGCCAAACCAGACAGAGACCCGUUACGCUGCCUCCUAGUGGCCGUCAGGGCCGGGUACUACGAAAUCGUGAGGCUGCUCCUGUCCAAACAGGCGGACGUCAACUGCUACUUCACAGCGGUCAGCGACACGGUGUUCCCCACGGCCCUGCAGUACUGCCUGCGGGACGAGAUCAUGAUGCGACUGCUGCUCAACCACGGCUAUGCGGCGGACAGGUGCUUCUGCUGUCACCAUGACGACAGCGUUGCCUGGUGCCCCCACUGGAGUGACCUCAGCAGCCAACUGUUCGAGACCUAUAACCCAGAGGAGAAAAUUCCUUUCUGUGACUUCAUUGCCGUAUCCUGCCUGCAGCCGCUGGCGGGGCAGGCAGUGCGCAUACUGCUGGAUUACGUCGGCCAUGUUUCCGUGUGCACCAAGCUGAGGCUCAUCCUCGAGAGGCAGAAAGAGUGGCCUGCGAUCUCCGAGAUCCUGGGAAACCCACGGCCACUGAAGCACCUCUGCCGAUUGGUCAUUAGGAAACAGGUGACCCUGAGGAGGCUGAGUGACCCGCGUGUCAUUGACUCCGCCCCCUUCCCGCACAGGAUCACAGACUACCUGCUGUACCGCGAACACGACCUGUACAGUCAAAACAUCGGCGCAAGCUGAUUAUGACUGACUCCAAAAAAUUACCCUAGUAAUAAUUCUAAAAACGUACACUGAAAUAAGGACCGCAAUAAGCUCUCCUUCAUUACAUUACAAGCCUGGUUCAUAGUGAUGUUAAACUUUAGAGGACACAAAUUAGGAAAUAAUUUAUUUUGGCGCUCAGACACGCUUUUUAUAUUGACUGUAAAAACUAUUUUUGUUGCUGUGUAAGAACAAACUUUGUCAUUGUAAGUAUUUUCCACAAUUUGCAAAAUUAUGUUCAUUUAUACAAAAUAAACCUAUUUUGGCAUUUCCUAA